AGGAAUUACACAGAACACCAUAAAUAUCGACCGUCUUCCUAUUAUCGCCUUCAAAAUUACCCGAUCCCAUAUCGCACAAGUUACAAACAAUGCAUUUCCCCUCUGCCAUUGUCCUCGCCGUCAUUACUGUCUUAGCAUCGCCAAUUUCUGCCAUGCCCGCUACCAGUAAUUACACGGUUGCCGCCAAAUGCACUUUCAAGUUCUGCUUUUCGGACUCACAAUGCAAAAAUCGACCCUGCGUUUACGAUAAAUGCGUGCGUAUCAGCAUUUUCCUGGAAAUUGAUAACAUGACUUAUCUAUAUGGCAGGGCCCUUUUAUCUGCAUAGUGAGUCGUGUUUUUGCUUUCACAUCGGUGCAGUAUGGCCGUUGACGCUGAUGCGCGAGUUACUAGUGAGUUGUAGAGUUGAUCAACGUUCAACGCGCAUCAAGAAAAAUGUCCACAUGGCUCUUUGCAUAUUGAAGUUGGCGUAAAACAUCAAGGGGCGUGCAGAUCAAUCCACAGCGCAGUCUCACUGUUGGUGUAACAUAGAUA